GGCUCAGUAAUGGGGACUUACUUAAAUACCUUGCAAGUCAACCAGCAAGACACAGAGCACUCAGCUGUUUGCAUUGACAAUAAUAUGGACGGAUUGAAACUUCAACUGAUCUAACAUAUUGUAUAGUUGGCGUGUCUGCGCGUUUGGGGUCAGCAUGAGCGGGGACUGCACGAGCUACUACAACGCAGAGAAAGUGCUCGUAAACGAGUUCAUGUGCCCUAAACCGGACAACGAUGCAGGAGCUCUUUUCUGCUGUGGCUUCAAUGACAUGAAAUACUGUUGUGAUGACCCCAACAGUUUUUUCCCAUACGAGUAUGGAUACAUGUGGUGGUUGAGUCUGGGAGCGCUGGUUGGCCUGUCCAUAGCAGCUGUGGUCCUGCUAGCGUUCAUCAUCACUGUCUGUGUCCUGUGCUAUCUGUUCAUUGCGACCAAACCCAGAGGCCUUGACAACGGACUGCCCCUCAUAGCACCAGGUGCUGAACCCAGUCCACGAGAGGGGCCGAGUCGGAGUCACCCCAGUAGCCCCCCUACGGGUCCCCAAGGGUUUAAGAAGCACUUCUUGAGUGGUAAACUGGACUGUGACAACCAGCCUCCAGAUCCAGACCGCCUCUUCCAGAGGUGCUUCAUGGCCACCGUCACCACCAUCAAUGUGGAGGGGUCCUCAUAGACUGGCCUAGGACUCUCAAACCAGUAUAGACUGGGAGGAGAGGAGGAUGGCUGUGUAAGAGGCAGAGAAGAUAGGAGCAUUAAAUCAGACUGACAAUGCAUCUACUACCAGGACUCUCUUUCUCUCUCUUUUUCUCUCUAUUUUUGUCUCCUCUUUAAAGGUCCAAUGCAGCCUUUUACAGUAUAUCUCAAUAUCACAUGAUUUAUGGGUAAUAAUUAAGUAUCUUACUGUGACUGUUUUCAAUUAAAAUGGCCAAAGAUAUGCAAAAAUAGCUUCUUAGCAAAGAGCAAUUUCUCAAGCAAGAUUUUUGCUAGGACUGUCUAGGAGUUGCCUGAGUGGAGAAGGGAACACUGAAAACUAGCUGACAUUGGCAAAGAGGUUUGGAACUCUCUUUCUUAUUGGGCUGUUAACUAAUUUACCACCUGGUGAUGUCACCAGGCAGGCCAA